AUGAGGGUGCGUCUGCGGUGUUCCCCACGGUGGCGUCCGGGCUGCGGCGCGUCUCCCGGAGGACUCGGGCCUCUUUGCACUGAGGGCGUGACAACAAGGGAGGUGUCGGAGCAUCCCACUUAGAUCAGCAACUUCAGAUCCUCAGCAUGGAAAAUUCAGAGAAGACAGAAGUGGUUCUCCUUGCCUGUGGUUCCUUUAAUCCCAUCACCAACAUGCACCUCAGGUUGUUUGAGCUGGCCAAGGACUACAUGAACGCAACAGGAAAAUACAGAGUUAUCAAAGGCAUAAUUUCUCCUGUCGGUGACGCGUAUAAGAAGAAGGGACUCAUCUCUGCCCAUCACCGAGUAAUCAUGGCUCAGCUUGCCACCAAGGAUUCCAGCUGGGUGGAAGUGGAUACCUGGGAAAGUCUGCAGAAGGAGUGGACCGAGACUGCUAAGGUGCUAAGACACCACCAAGAGAAGCUGGAGGCUAGUGGCUGUGAUCAGCAGCAGGACUCCCCUGUGCUGGAGAGGCCUGGACGGAAGAGGAAGUACACUGAACAAAGAUCAGAACUUAGUCAGAAGAAAUCCCUAGAGCCAAAAAGAAAAGAUGUGCCAAAGGUCAAGCUGCUGUGUGGGGCAGAUCUGCUGGAGUCCUUCGGUGUCCCCAACCUGUGGAAGAGUGAGGACAUCGCCAAAAUCGUGGGGGACUAUGGGCUCGUGUGCAUCACCCGGGCUGGAAAUGAUGCUCAGAAGUUCAUCUAUGAGUCCGACGUUCUGUGGAAACACCAGACCAACAUUCACCUGGUGAAUGAGUGGAUCACCAACGACAUCUCAUCCACGAAGAUCCGGAGAGCCCUCCGAAGGGGCCAGAGCAUUCGCUACUUGGUGCCAGAUCUUGUCCAAGAGUAUAUCGAAAAGCAUGAUUUGUAUAGUGCCGAGAGCGAGGAGAGGAAUGUUGGAGUCAUCCUGGCUCCUCUGCAGAGAAACACUGUAGACACGAACUCAAAAACUGCUACAGCGUGAAACUUGGGACGUCUCCUAUGGGAGUCUGAAACAGUCUGUGCGUUAGUAACUGGGGAAAGGAGUUAUGAUCCUGUUUCAUAACAAAGUAAAGCUUGAAAGUUUGGUAACGGUAGUGAAUUAAACUCAGGUUUAUUUUUUUUCUUUUUGUCAGAAGUUGGGAAGAUGAAUGUUUUCAAUAUUAUGAUUUUUUUAAAGAAUGUACAAAUCCUUUUAUCUUUAAAACAAGAGAUUAGCAGCACUAAAACCAGAAGACUGUUUAAUCAUGAAGGGAACUGACAUUUACACAUGCCUAUUUCCAGGCCAUCUUCACUCAGGGUGGCUGAAGAAGUUAUUCUUAAAAUGGCCAUCUUGCUAAAGGCACAACCAAUCCGUCAUCUCCAGCUGUGCAAAAACAGGCUGGGAAUGUGCCUCACAGAAACUUUGGGCCCAUUGUUCAUUCUCUCUGGCACACAUCAGGAUGGAUGGUUAAGCUUUGCCAAGACACACCUGCCUAGAGCUCCACCCCUGGAGGCAGGGUGUGGGGUCUAAGCCCUGGAAUGUUUGCAAAGGCACACAGGUGCCUUCGAUGCCCACCAGACAGAGUCUCUGCUUCACGCGUUUUACACGGUUCUCUUAGCACAGCCCUGCUGUAGCUCAUGUUCUAACCCCAGCCAUCCGCCAUCGUUUUAUCUUCAGGAACAACUUCAAAGAUGAUAUCACACUACCGGGAACAGAGAGAACCACAGAGAAUGAGGUGUCUUAUUCAAGAAUAUUAUUAAAUGUCAGUGCUCUAAGACUUUAUUGAUAGCUUAGUAAUCAAAAGACAAACCGAUACCCUAGAGACAUGAAAAAUGCCCCGCUGGGUGACCAGUGGUUUCAGCUCAGGAUUUGGGGCACUGAUGAGUGGCAUGUGGAAGCGGUCAUCUCCGUCUAAAGCUUGAGGUUCUGAAGAGCCCUGCUGUUUCUGUGCCAGCCCACUGUGAAUCUAUCUGCCUUUUGUGAAUUUAAGCAGAAAAAGGGUCUCUCUCUUUUUUUUUUUAACACUUUUUCUCUUCUUAUCCUUUUGUAUGGACUUUAACCAAAGCAGAACUCCCAAAUAAUAAAGUCAUAGGUUUAUAUUAAAAAUACAAGUUUGUUAUAUGACCUGAUGCUGAUUAAAAUUUUGUGGAAGUUUUACCAAUUGGUGAAGCAAAAAGACCAGAAAUAGUUUUUUAUAGGUUUAUGUUUUAUGAAAAUCAUUCUGUGAUAGAAACAGGACUAAAGUUACAUUUCUAAUGAAAACAGAAUAAUUUACCUUUUGCAAUUUAUAUUUCAUACCUACACCAUUCUAGAUGAAGGAUUUAUAACUGCAGAAGAAAAAAAAUACUUAUAACUGUGAAACUGUAUAGUCAGAUCUGAAUCCUCAGUUUACAAAGGAAAAUGUUAAAUAAAGCUAGCAAAUGUA